UUGGGGUGAUUAUGAGUUUGUGUUUUCAAGUUGUGGAAUUGUAUUCUGACGUUGAAUUUGGCGAUCAACAAGACCUGUUUCCACGUUCCAACACUUUCUCAUAAUGGUUGCAACAAACAUGUUGGUAAAUGAAUUGAAGAGAAAGAGAGAAAAUUUCUGAAUCCUCUAAUGGAGGAGUCACAAAAGCAUCUCCAAAGAAACAAAUGGUUCGACUUCGACAUGGAGCUUCCCUCGCCAUUCCAGUUGGAGCAAGCAGUGUGCAGCCACGGCCUCUUCAUGAUGCCGCCCAACCACUGGGACCCACUCUCCAAAACCCUAAUUCGCCCACUCCGUUCUUCUCCCUCCUCCUUCCUCGUUUCACUUUCCCAGCACUCCCAAUCCCUCGCCGUUAGGGUUCACGCCACCCACGCCCUCUCUCCCCAACAACAAAACCACAUCAUGGCUCAGGUUUCGCGAAUGCUGCGUUUCUCCGAAGCGGAAGAGAAGGCUGUGAGGGAAUUCAGAAGCCUGCACGUGGUUGAUCAUCCAAAUAGAAGCUUCUCUGGAAGGGUGUUUCGCUCUCCCACGUUGUUCGAGGACAUGGUCAAGUGCAUACUCCUCUGUAAUUGCCAGUGGCCGAGGACGUUGAGCAUGGCUCAGGCUCUUUGUGAGCUUCAGUUGGAACUGCAAAAAGGGUCGCCUUGUACCAUUGCUGUGUCGGGGAAUUCAAAAGGUGAGAGUGAGGGAUUCAUCCCCAAAACACCAGCUUCUAAAGAGACCAGGAGAAACAAGGUUUCAACAAAGGGUAUGUUUUGUAAGAAGAAAUUAGAAUUGGAUGGAAAUUUGCAAAUUGACCACGUGGUUGCUUCAAGUUCAACCGCAACAACCUUGCUUACAACAGAUAAUGGUGAUUCGGAAGAGCUACGAUCACAUGAUUCAUGUCAUGAAUUCUCUAAUGGAAAUGAGUAUUUUAGUCGUACUGGAAAUUUUCCAUCCCCAAGUGAGCUAGCAAACCUUGAUGAGAGUUUUCUGGCAAAGCGAUGCGGACUUGGGUAUAGAGCAGGUUAUAUAAUAGAGCUAGCGCGAGCCAUUGUUGAAGGCAAAAUUCAAUUAGGACAGCUUGAAGAGCUCUCGAAAGAUGCAUGCUUAUCCAACUAUAAACAACUUGAUGAUCAGCUGAAGCAAAUUAGGGGAUAUGGCCCAUUUACUCGUGCCAAUGUUCUUAUGUGCUUGGGAUAUUACCAUGUCAUUCCAACGGAUUCUGAAACUGUUAGACACUUAAAACAGGUUCAUUCCAGAUAUACAACCUCUAAAACAAUUGAGAGAGAGCUUGAAGAGAUUUAUGGAAAGUAUGAGCCCUAUCAGUUCCUAGCAUUCUGGUCUGAGAUAUGGGACUUCUACGAAACAAGGUUUGGGAAGUUGAACGAAAUGCAUUCUUCUGACUAUAAACUUAUAACUGCUUGUAAUAUGAGAAGCACUACAAACAAGAGGAAGAGACCAUCGCGGAAAUGCCAAUGCUAAAGUCCUACUCCAGAAAUCCACUCUUCAUCUUUACUUUUUGUUGAGUUUGUAUGUAUAUCUACUUGAACAAGGCAUUGGGGGUCUAUCGUAGAAGUAAUUUAUUGUUUCACGUUGUAAAUUUUUGUUAUAUUCUCUUACCUAUUAAUAAUUUUUGUUUUUGAAAAAGCCCUGAAAUUUCUCUUUACCUGUUAGGAAUUUACAUCUAAAAGAAGUGAUUGCUUAUAAACAUCAAUUAGCAUUUCCCCUACUUUA